AUGCCUUCCCCAACGACCUCGUCUCCCUCUUCGUCCCACAGACCAACAUCAAGAACAACCACACUCACAACAACGACGACAUCCUUCUCCGCCCGCACCGACACCAAUAAUAAGCAGACAUCAUCUACAUCAACGUCUCCUCCUUCCUCUUCGCGUGGGCGCUCACCAACAGCGCCGCCGCACCAUCAACAACAACAGCCGACUCCCUGCAAGCGCCCCGCCAAUUGGGGCACCCAGCACGACGCCUUCAUCCGCGAACAGGCCCUCAACGGCGAGGACGCCGAGAGCAUCCGCAUUCUGUUCGAGGUCGAGUACCCCUCCGUCGGCAGCGUGAGUAAGGCUUGGGUGACGGAGAGGAUGAAAGCGACGGCGGCGGCGGCGGCGGCGGCGGCGGGCAUGAGGUGA